GGAAAGACCAAAAAAAGAAUCUGAUUUUUCUCAUUCUUUUGCUCAAUUGACAUUUGUGAAAUAUUAAAAAUGGACGACCUUUUGAACCCAGUCGAGAAGUUCAUUACCACCGCUGAUUGCAAGACCAAGAUAAAGCUCGCGCUGAAGCUCCGAGACCUGGCUAACUCGCUGGACUCUCCCGACAACACACUGGACAAGAUUGCCUUUGGUGGUUUGACAACUGCUGUAGUCCGUACAGGCUUUGACCUCAAGUUGUUCCAUCUGUUCUCUAAGAGCGAUGGAUCGUUGACAAUUGAUGAAAUCGCCAAAACUACUGAAGCCAGCCCAAUUCUUCUAGGACGAAUAUUGAGGCACCUUUCUGCUGUGGGCGUUCUGACUCAGACUGGAAUCGAUAGCUUUAAGAGCAAUCAGGUCAGCAAGAAUCUGUGUGUUCCAGCUGUUGCGGCUGGCAUCGACUGGUUUUUUACCGGCCUCGGGCCCCAGUUCAUUGCGCUACCAAACUAUCUCCAGAAGACCAACUAUGAAAACCCAACGGACGUCAUGCACUCCGUUCUUCAAGAUGCUUACAACCUAGAAGGAGAGGACGGAUUCGACUGGCUCCGGAAAAACCCCAAGACCCUGGAAAUUUUCCAGAAUUUCAUGUCCAUUCGUCGCCAGGGAGCGCAAGACACGUGGCUCUCGGUAUAUCCCGUUGAGGAAGAAACCAAAUCGUGGAGCCCGGAGAAGGCGGUCUAUGUCAACAUCGGAGGAAACAUCGGUAUGCAAAAUGCCGAGUUCAAGGCGAAAUACCCCAAUGUUCCUGGGCGUGUUAUACUUCAGGAUCGCCCGGAAAACAUUGAGAAGGCACUUCAGACUCCUGGGGUUGAGAAUAUGGUUUACGAUUUCUUCACACCACAGCCGGUCAAAGGAGCCAAGUUCUACUACUACCGAACAGUUCUGCACAAUUGGCCUGACGACAAGGUCGUAGAGAUCUUGAAGAACACCAGAGCAGCCAUGGAGGAAGGGUCAUUGAUUCUCGUUGACGAGAUGGUUGUUCCGGAUGUGGGGGCCAACUCCUGGUGUACCUCCAUUGACUUGGUGAUGCUUUGCGGACAUGCUUCGUGUCAACGCACCCAAACCCAAUGGGACAAUGUGUUCACUCGGGCUGGGCUGAGGAGAUUGAGCACUGUGGUAUAUCAAGUGCACACCAACGAAUGUGUUAUGAGUUUACAGGCUGUGUAAUUUAAACAUGUCUGACCCCAUGUUCUCGGUAGUAUUUCCAAUCAAGAACAACCUUUGUGGAAUAUUCAUAAUCACAAUAAUCUGGCAUAAAAUGAGACACAUUCUU